UCCAUCCAUCUAUUUUCUACCGCUUGUCCCUUCACAUUUUUAAUUGUAUUUUUAUUCAUACUUUUUAAUUCUACAUAAAUAUUUUAUUCUUACACAUUUUUUUUUGUACUUUUUCUCUUUUGCAAGAAUAUUUUUAUAGGUGAGGGAACAUUUUUAAAUAUCUCAUUGUCAAAGAAUGGGAAAAUGGUUAAUAUUAAUAAUAAAAAACAAAAACAAUAAUAGUCAAUAUUUAAGAAUAAUUCCCACAGUAAAAAAUAUUUGUCAAUUUAAUUUAUUCAGUUCCACAUCUUAUAGUUUCCUUGAUGAAAAAAAAAAGAACUAUUAUAACAAGCCUUCAUAGAGCCAUAAAUCCCAUCUCUAAUAUUAAUUAAUUGAUGUUUUAUACCGCUUAUCCUCAUUAGGGUCACGGCAGUUGAAAGCUGGAGCCUAUCCCACACGCGACGCAAAUUAAUGACCCAAAUCAGCGCGCGAAUGCACCGCGUCUUCCUUUUUCCCAACCGACGAAGCGGCACGUGAACGCCCCGCGUCUUUCAUCGCGUAGUUUCUGCUGACGUGGCUUCUGAUUGGCUGCUUGUGACAUCAUCGCACUUGCGGCUGAAGGCAGUUUGAAGCCGCGGUUUUGAAGCGACACUCCCAUCCUCCUCCCCUCCCUGGCUCCGAACCAGACGUCCCGGCUUAAAUCCCUCCCACGGCGGGGCGGGACGUCACUGUACCAAAAAAAAAAAAAAAAAAAAAUCCUGUUUAAUAUUAAUGAAGUCGCGAAUUGGCUCCGACUCGCGUCAGUCCCGCUGUGCGACUUCUAUAAGCUGGCUCACUUCCUUCAACAUUAUUAUUCCUGGGCAACGCUGGUUGGCACAAAAAAAAAAAAAAAAAAAAAGUAUCCCAAAAAUGUUGCCGAUCCUCCGUACGUGCACCGAGUGAAUGGAGGCACCCUCGUCGCCGGGAGGAGAUCCUGCAUUACCGGGCCAAAGACAGCAACACACACCGAGCGGCGUGUUGAGUUCUCCGUAAACGUCCAGCCCUCGGCCUCCCCAUGCCUCCAUCUCCUCUCGACGACAGAAUUGUGGUGGCGCUGCCAAGGCCGAUCCGACCUCAGGAACUCCAACUGCGACUGGACACCAGCUACCUGGACUCCAUCGCCUCCACCAGCAGCGACGAGACGGUCAUUAGCACCACGGUGGUGAAGAUCCGGGCGACGGCUAAUCUUGUGACGUAUAUGCCCUCAUCCAAGGGCUCCACGCGCUCCUUGUCGUGCGGAUGCAGCAGUGCCAGCUGCUGCUCGGUCACCACCUACGAGAAGGACAGCCCGAACCUGAACCACGGUCAGGUGAGCGCCAGCAGCCCCAACCUCAGCUAUGCCGGACCCCCCAUGCUCAGCAACCACGAAGCAUUAAGCGCCACCAGCUUCGCCCCGGGCGCCGCCUCCUCCCUGAGACUCAUCCACCCCAAUGAGCUGGCCAAGCGGAUGACCUGCUGCCCCAUGGGCCACCCCGUCGGGCCCGUGCCGGUCAUCAUCGACUGCCGCGCCUUCACGGAGUACAACAAGAGCCACAUCCGGGGGGCGGCGCACAUCAACUGCUCCGACAAGAUCAGCCGGCGGCGGCUGCAGCAGGGAAAGAUCACCGUCUUGGACCUCAUCUCCUGCCGGGAGGGCAAGGACUCGCUUAAGGGCAUCUUCUCCAAAGAUAUCGUGGUCUACGACGAGAGCACCGCGGAUCCCAACCGGCUGGGGCCCUCGCAGCCCCUUCACGUGGUCCUGGAGUCGCUGAGGAGGGAGGGCAAGGACCCCGUCAUUCUCAAAGGAGGCCUUAGCUGCUUCAGGCAGAGCCACGAGAACCUGUGUGAACACUCGCUGCACCUUCACGACACCUUGGACUCGGGCGCAGCUGCCGGCCUCUCGGGGACGCUACCUCACACCCUGCCCUCCACCCCGGACAUCGAGAACGCCGACGUGACGCCCGUCUUGCCCUUCCUCUAUCUGGGCAAUGAGCGCGACGCUCAGGACGUCAACUUGCUGCAGCGGCUGAACGUGGGCUUCAUUCUCAACGUGACCACCCACCUGCCGCUCUACCAUUACGACACGGGCCUGUUCAUCUACAAGCGCCUGCCCGCCACCGACAGCAACAAGCAGAACCUCCGCCAGUACUUUGAGGAGGCUUUUGAAUUCAUCGAGGAAGCCCACCAAGCUGGUAUGGGCCUUCUGAUCCACUGCCAGGCCGGCGUGUCUCGCUCCGCCACCAUCGUCAUUGCCUACUUGAUGAAGCACACCUGGAUGACCAUGACGGACGCCUACAAGUUCGUUAAGACCAGGAGGCCCGUCAUCUCCCCCAACCUCAACUUCAUGGGCCAACUGCUGGAGUUUGAGGAGGACCUCAACAACGGGAUCACGCCGCGGAUCCUCACGCCAAAGCUCAUAGGUGUGGAGACCGUCGUCUGAAAGCACCCAGCGACGACGCUCACUCGGGUAUCCGGUUCGCAAUGUGAGUACGCCGCCAUUUUCUUCUCCCAUCUCCCCGCCCGGGCUUGUCUCGGACUCUCUGGAGUGCCAAAGCUGCGCGGGUCAGCACUCGCCAAAAAAAGAAAAGAAAAAAGAAGUCCCUUCUGUUUGGAAACCGGAGAUGUCGGGACAGACGGACAGAGAAUAUGCUUGGGAUGUGCGGAUAGAAGAUGUGACUGGAGAAACUCCGCUUCACACUGUGGCUCGCGUGAUGGCGGGAAUGCACCCCCCCAUGAAAAAUAAACAGUUGAAGACAUGUCUGGUGUGUUAAUGUUCUAUUUUUAUACGGGGGUGACCAUUACAAGCCCACAAUGGCUUUUACUGUGCAAUAAUUUCAACAUGGAAUGCAACCUUAUAUCUUCUCUGUAUAUAUUGGUAGUGAUUAAGAAACAUUUCCAUCUGAAUAUUGGUGUAUUGUAAUUAAUUCUGUUUAUUAUUAUUAUUAUUAUUAGGGAUGGGCUUUUUUGACUACAUUUCCUCGAUCCACUAGAAAAAAAUUAUUCUGAGCGAAUAGGUGAAUAUCUGACUGUUCUGAACUCCCGUUUCCGUGCAAGUGUGUACUAAGAAAAGUGUUUUCCAACCUUUACGUGAAAAAAAAUAAAUCACGAUUCAUGCGAUGACUAUUUUAAUAAAGUUUACUACCAGUCAAAAGUUUGGAGACACUUUCACAUUUAAUGGCAUGUUAAAGGGUCUCUAAACCUUUGACUGUUGGUGUACUUUCUGCCAUUCUGGCAUAGAUAAAAGGGGUGCUGAAAUAAAAAAAUAAAAAAGACUCACAUCCAAAUCGCGAUUAUUUAUUCCGAUUCUAAAUCGAUUCAUAAUUUUCAUUUUUCAUUAAAAGAAUCCUUUUUUUAAAUAGGCUAUCUCCACGUUUACGUAAACGUCAGCGACCCUAAGGAGGUUUGGUGACCUGUAACCUGUUUUGAAAAGUAUUUUUUUUAACAAAUACUGCUGUAAACCAAAUAUGCAAAUUGUGAAAAUCGGUUUAAAUCGAGAAUCGAUUCUGAAUCGAAUUGUAACCCUAAAAAUCUGAAUUGGAUCGAUAUCGUGAGGUGCCCAAAGAUUCCUCUAUCAAUUGGCCAUGACACAUCGGCAAAAAGUAGCGAUGUUCCAAUCAGAGAUUUAUGCUCCCAAUUCCGAUCAUCCAUGAAUGAAAUUGACCGACACCAAUACAGAUACUGAUAACAUGUA